AUGCGCCGGCCACGCUGCCCCGCGCCGCUUCUCCCGCUGGCGGCGCUCCUGCUGCUGCUGGCGAUGCACUGCGCUGGCGGGUGCCUCGCCGCCGCCCCCGCCCUCAACCACCGCUGCAACUUCGACGAGGCGAUGCGGAAGAGCGGCCCGCUGCCGACGGCGGUGGUGCGUGAGGUGCCGCGCAGGGGAGAGGGCGCGGCGCAGGCGUACGGCACAACAACACCGCCGCAGCGCACUUUAAGGACCAUGAAAAAUGCGGCAACGAUGGGAGUGCUGCGGUUGCUGUGCUCUCCAGUCUUCUUGUUGUCGCAGUAG